AUGGGUUCCCAUAUGGAUUAUGUACAACCGCUCGACGUGUCUCAGUUGAGAUAUACCUACACCACCACUCCACGAAAUGUACCAGAUGCCAAAACCCUUGGAGGCACCCACGAGACAAUCUGUACAGACCACAUGAUUGUUGCGUCUUGGAGUGCCACGUGCGGCUGGUCCGUCCCAGAGUUGAAGCCCUACGGCCCAUUCAGCAUACUUCCAAGUGCAUCCUGCCUUCACUACGCGUACGAAUGUUUCGAAGGACUCAAAGCCUACCGUGGCCACGACGGCAAACUCCGAAUGUUCCGGACCGACCGCAAUUGUCGCCGACUUCUGAUGUCUGCCGAGCGGAUUUCUCUUCCUAAAUUCGACCCAGACGAAUUGGAAAAGCUUAUAUACGCGUUGCUCUCGGUGGAUGGUCCUAAAUGGCUCCCUAAGAGUCGCGCUGGAGACUUUUUAUACGUUCGCCCGACCAUUAUUGGCACAGAUUCCCAGCUUGGGGUUGCAAAACCAACGGAGGCUUUACUGUAUAUCAUUGUCGGCUAUAUGGCUCGCAUGGAUACACCGACUGGCGGAAAACGCCUACUGACGAGCCCGGACGAUAUGGUACGCUCAUGGGUAGGCGGAUUCGGAUAUGCUAAGGUUGGUGCGAACUAUGGACCUUCGGUACUGGCCACCCAGGAAGCCUAUCGCCAGGGUUAUCACCAGAUACUAUGGUUGUAUGGUCCCGAAGGUUAUUGCACCGAGGCAGGCGGAAGCAACUUCUUUGUUGUCUGGAAACGCAAAGAUGGCAAAAAGGAGCUUAUCACUGCACCGUUGGACGACCAGCUGAUCCUGGAUGGAGUAACUCGCCGAAGUUGCCUCGAUUUGGCGAGGGAGCGACUAAUGAAUGAGCUCGACGUCACGGAGCGGAAGUUCACCAUAAGUGAAAUCCAGGAGGCAGCGGCGGAGAGCCGACUAUUGGAGUCGUUCGCCGCUGGUACAGCUUGGUUCAUUACUCCAGUCUCUAUGAUUCAUCACCGCGGAAGAGACAUCAACGUUCCAACCGGUCCGAGUGGCACACCAGCAGAAAUCACGGGAAAACUGAAGGGAUGGCUGGGCGAUAUUAUGUAUGGGCGCGUGGAGCAUGAAUGGGCAAGAGAGGUGCCCGAGAAGGAGCUGAAGGAGUAG